CCAGAGUUCACCUUUGACAUCUUCCCCUCUUUCUUGACUGGCAGCUUACCUUCCCAAUUAUGCUAACCCAUCACUAAAUUCUCAGCUUUCACAAACAAACACCCCUAUUGAUAUCAGCACAAGACAGGCAAGACCAAAAUGCCGGGAAUUCUUCCAUUGGUGGUUAUGGGAUUGCUCUUUCUGGGUGUUGUGGGCGCUGCCAUCUACGAAAUAGUCCACGCAACCCAGUUGUCCCUCCCGACUUACCCGCUCACCAUCCCCGUUCUUCUACUGCCACUCCUCGCCCUCGCAAACACCCUAUUCGCCGUCCGGAGCACCGCCCUCCGCCUCCGCGCCCGCGGCGACCUCGCCACCGCCAAGCCCUUCCCACCGCACCCCACGACGCUCGUCACAAUAUUGCAGAUCAUCCAGGCCAUCAUUGCCGCCGUGCUCGCGACCCUCCUGGCAGCGACCCCGGCCGUCGACUCCUGCCUCCUCGAGCAGAGGUGGCAGCAUAUGUACAGCGCCCACGACGGUGACGGAAUCCGACGUAUCCAGGAUGCCCUCGGCUGCUGUGGCUUCAACUCGCCCCGCGACAGAGCUUGGCCGUUCCCGCAUGGAAGGGGAGGUCAGCAGACUAGGUGUGAGGAGGCGUGGGGAAGGCAUGGGAGCUGCCGGGCGCCGUGGACGGAUGCGAUGAGGGUUGGCGUGGGUGUUGAGUUGGGGGUUGUGGUUGUUGUGGAGAUUGUGCAGGUCCUGGUCUUACUCGUUCUUACCGGCUUCCCUUACGUCAGACGCGGUCUCUGGUAUAUCAUGAACCAUCAGACGAACCGCAGAGAAUAUCCAGUCCACAACGCAUGGCGCGAGCGCUGUACCCACGAUCGUGAGCGCAAUGGAGACCUAUACAGAGACAGACCUCUGCUUGCCGCCGAGGGCUCGGAUGCGGAAUCGUGCGAUGAGGAUGAAGAUGCUACUAAUGAGCAGCCAUGUGGUCAUUGCGGACGGAAAAGUGACGGAGAGCAGACGCAGGAGUCUGCCAACAACUUGCUGGCUCUAGACUCCUCGAUUGUUCCAAACGUGUGGAGAGGGGACACUUGACGAGACUAGACCUUUAUGGCUGGAUUAGCUGGUAUUCUGCUGGUAUGACUAGACAUAAAAGACGAGCUAUGGUGAAGAUUCGAAGAGUUGUGUGUUGCACGGCCAGCCAUUAGGCAAGGACAUGGCCGUGUGGCUUCUUCUGGUGCUAUUUACUUGUUCGGCCAUCUGAUUCAUUUGGUUGCUGGAGACUGGCUACUUGUUAUUUCGAUGAAACUGGCAUUGACAAAAGGUAAUGCCAGAUUGGAGGUUGAGAUAGUCUAUUUGGAGCUAUAACACAGUGGAGUUGGUCCGCAUCGGCUCGCCUAUCGGUAAAUUUAGCCGACAAGCGACGACUUCGGCCUCCCUAAACUGCAAGAGCCCAGUGAAAUUGGGUCUUCUCCACGCUGCAGCUCAGUGACAGGCUCUUGUUGCUUGC